GAGAGAGAGAGAGAGAACGAAAGACAGAAGGGAAGAGAACGAGAGAGGGAGAGUGGACGAAUACAGUUUACGGUAACACAGAACUUCAUCGUGCUCACACGGCCGAGAGAACGUGGAAACCUCGGUUCCACGUACCGCCGUUGGUCGGUCUCGAUUAUCUUUCUCUCCGUACGCUUCUCGACGAAUCUUGGACGAGUCACGCGGAGAGCGAAGGAAAAAACGGACCGUCGCGGUAGCACCGUGCGCGGCAGUGCAGCAGCAGCGUACCAAGAUGCUGUCGUCAGUGUCAGCGAAAUAAUAAUGUGGUGCGACGUCAGUCAGCAUAAAACUAAUGAAAGGGAAGAUGUUUUGGGCCUAAAGAGUUGUGCAAUGAUGGGUCUGCAGGCGACGGCAGGAAAACGCAAAUUGGAGGGUGGUGUCGGCUGCAUGGAAUUCCACAUGGACUUAGGAGAGAGUCCGUCGAAGCUCGGACGCGUGGACGGUAGCUGGUGGGCAAUGGACGACGGUUAUGGGCCACCUCUGAAUCAGACAUCGACCUCAUAUUACGAGAUGGAGGUGAGCUCACCCUGUCUACAGACGACGAACCCGUGUCAGUCAACGACGACGAGUUCCCCGCAGUCGCAGCAGCAACAACAGCCGCAACAAUCCCAACAACAUCCAUCGCAGCAUCAUCCAUCUUCCCAGUCGCCGCAACAGGCGCAACAGCAGCAACAGCAGCAGCAACAACAGCAAUUGCAACAACAGCAGCAGCAGCAGCAGCAGCAGCAGCAACAAUCGUCGGCGUCACCAUCGACAUCGGCUUCGUCUACGGUGACGCAAUUGCAUCACCAUACGCAGCACUACUAUCAUCAUCAACGCGCCACCGUUAGUCCUAUCGGCAGCAACGGUUAUAGCCAGCUGUCGAGAUCUCAGCCGCAAUGGGGCGCUCUUCAUCAUUACGAGCCGCCGACGAUACGUCGCGAGGAGAACGGCAAGAGUUAUUUGGAGCUUGGUUCGAGUUACCGCGCGAACGAACGGUGUUGCGAAGGUUCCAAGUCGAGCUGGUGCCGGCGCGGCCGAGCCUGUUACAGGCAGCGGCGACUCGCCGUGCUCAAUAUCUCUAUGUGCAAACUCGCCAGGUACCGCCAGUUUCCAGAUCCGAGUCUUCACCGAUCGGUGCUGAUCUGCAAUACUCUGAGACACCUGGAACGUGAAAUGGAAAGGGACAAGAGUCCGCCGCCUAUGGAGCCGGUCGUCCCGGCGCCGAUCGCUCAACUGCAACCGCCCGAACAGGGCAGGUUAACGCCUUUCCCUGUGCCACCCACGUCGUCGAGCGAGACCGACGUCGACUCCGGCAUCGGCGACAGCGACGACAGCCGAUCGAUCAAUUGGGGCAGCGUGCUAUCCUUAUCGAGCCAGUCGCCGCUCGACCCGCUCAAUAACAACGAACUACUGGACGUGGACAUUGGACCCGAUCUCGACCUGGACUUUAUGCCCGGGUGGAAGCUGACGCCUCUUUCGACGGACGACAUCCUGAGAAGUACAACGACGACCCAGGAACAACAUCAUCAUCACCACCACCAUCAUUAUCACCAUCAUCACCAGCAUCAUCAUCAACACCAGCAACAACAGCAGCAGCAGCAGCAGCAGCAGCAGCAACAACAACAGCAACACUUGAUGUCAUCGGGGAGCAGUUGCGGCAGCAGCUGCGGCAAUAGCAACGUCGUCGGUAGCGCCGGCGUCAGCAACGUUGGUAGCAGCAGUAGUACGCACGAAUCGUUGAUGUGCGUGGGAUCAUAGCCCUCAACCUUGACGUCGUUGAGUCAUCUCAUCGAUUUCUAUCCGCUAACGCCGCAGGGCAAGUAAAAUCCGCGGCAAUGGACGUUUGUCAACGCAGCUCGCGCGAGUCACAUGCCGCGGGUUCUGGAAAGGCGCGCGGGCGAGAGGCAUGAUCGAAUACGGAAUCUCGUCCACCCUCUGGAGCGCUCGACGUCCGGCCGGCGACUCUCGAGGAGCCGCCAUCUUUUUUCUGUUUCGCAUUAAUUUAUUAUCGCGUCAAUUACACAUGUACACGCAAAUACAUACAUGCAAACGGUCACACUGACGGUGUACACUGAUACAAACCUUCUGUGACACUUUCGUUCUUCCUCCGCUCUUUUUACCACACUCCGCUAUUACUAUUACUACUACUAUUACUACUACUACUACUACUACUAUUACUACUAUUACUACCACUACCACUACCACUACUACUACCAUCACCACCAUUACAACUGAUCCUAUCGUUACCAUUACUUCUACUACUACUCCUCCCGCGACUAUUUAUCACUAUCGUUAUCGUUACUUCUACUACUAUCGCUACUAUCGUUAGUAAUACUAUAUUACUACUCUUACUAAUACUAUUACUACUACUAUUACUAUUAUUGCUAUCGCUAAUCGUGUCUCCCAACGUAUCUGCUCCCCGAGGGACGGACGCGUCAUGACACGCGGCAUCCGCAGGUGCAGACAAAAUAGAGCGCUCUGAGGGCUUAACGAAUGGGUUAAGAAUAGGAGGAGGAAAGGGAGCGAGAGGGAAGGGUUUUGAGACGAAGAGAAGAAAGCCUUUACUGUCCGCGUGCCGACAGGUGCUGUUACUCGCGAUGAUCUGGUGUCCCGACGAAAUAUUCGGACGGCGAAUUUAUCGUAUCGAGUUACCGCGUACGAGAUCACGCGUGUAUCAUCUCCUUCACAGUGGAAUUUCGAGACCAGGUGCAAGUGCAAUUUACACGUGCCUCGAGAGUUGAGAGAGGCACUGUGUCGAUAAUCAUCAACCCUUAAGCGCGUAAUAACGAUCCAAUACGUAGGAUUCUAUAGAAGGAUCGAGGUAGUAACGUUCCUCCAUUUGCAUCUGUACUCGAGAAUCCACGCGCGAGUCCUCAUCGGAAAGGUGAUUAAGAUGUACAACGGAAUGCGCACAGAGAGAGAGAGAGAGAGAGAGAGAGA